AUAUAUACCAGCAAAGACAGAACAAAAUAAGAAGCCCUUCCACUUUUUCAGUUUACAUGAGUUGUGCGUCCGCGCUGUCAGCUAAUUCCAGGGAAGUUCAGAAUCUUAACACACCUUUCUUUUGAGUGUUGGGCAAAACAUGCAGGAACUUGACUAUAUUAACUUUAUCUAGCUACAGCACUGACUCAAGGGUGUACCUUAGAAUGGACGAGAUCAACUCUUUAUCUUUAUCAAGGUGUGUUCCGCAGCUUAGCAUGUUGAGCAUGGACCAGAUGUCCAUAUUGAGGAGGGGUGUUUGCAUAAUCUUGCAUAGGUGCAAGAAUCUUGAGAAGCUUAAUUUAUCUCGGUGUGGCAGAAUGUUCUACGAUUAUCCUUCUAUUUAUGGUCCUGGAUUGGGAAAACUUUAUGGGAAGGAAAUUUCAGUAGAGAUUAAAAGGGAUAAGGCCUAUCAAAGCAUGAGGUGGUUUAUAGAUUCUUCGGAUGAGGGUUAUACUCCACAAAGGGGGUUUGAAUGCUGUAAGGGCAGCUAUACCAGAAAACACGCAAGGCAAAGAUCAGAGAUCCGAGGUCACCGCACCUCGGCUGCGGGUCUCAGAGCUUACCGCACCUCGGCAUCUCGCCGAAAGUGUAUGGCAGCCACAAUAGGCAUGCCCUCAUCUGAUCAUUUGUCCCUACCAGAACACCCUUUCUCAAGGGACCUGUUCCAUCAGAAUACACCACGCGCAUUUAAUGCGGUUACUCCCCACGUGGGUGCGGACAAGCCACGUGGGUACCUUGCCAAGAUGGACAAAGCCCACAAGGUAAGGACCAUUUGGAGAAGGAUCAACUUGAAGCAGGAACUCAAGGAUAUUCAGCAACUACAUUGGCGCCGUCUAUGGGAACACGAACAAAAGCCAUCACCAGAAGUUAAGAUGCUAGUACUCGCCCAACUGUUAGCCAGAGAUAACCCUGCUGACCCACUUAUCCACUUACUAAACCCAACUCCUCCUGUGGCCCCCCAACCAGCUCAACAGCUUGCCAACUCCCCAGUCCAUAGUGUCACCCCAACCGCUUCCCAAGCACAAUCCCACAUGCCACCCAAGCCCCAAAACCCGCCCCAGCCAGUUGCCUCAGAUGUCUCAAAGAGGCUAGACAACAUAGAAAAGUUGAUGCUGCAGUUUGAAACGUAUGAUGGCACCAAAGACCCUGACGACCACCUACAUGCAUUUUUCUCCGUCAUGCAGGCUCAAAACGCCUCAGACACACUCAUGUGCAAGAUGUUCCCCUCCACAUUGCACGGCAAUGCCCGGACCUGGUAUCACACCUUGCGCCCGAACUCAAUUAAUGCAUAUGCCGAGCUGGCCACCUCCUUUGCCACCAAAUUCUCGAGCAGAAGGUUGAUAAAAAAGACGACACCUGAGCUCAUGCGCAUAACACAAAGAGAAGGCGAAUCCUUGAAGAACUACACGAACAGGUUCAAUGACGCCAUGCUGGAGGUCAAUACCUUCGAUGAAGCAGUGGGAGUAACUGCCGUGAUACAAGGCCUCAACCAUGAUCGGUUUCGAGAUAACUUGAUCAAGAACACCCCAACCACUUUUGAUGAAGUCAAUCAGAGAUCCCUCAAAUUCAUUAAGGCCGAAGAGUACGUCCUUUCCAAACCCCAGCCCCCCAAAGAAGCUAGAACUCCUGCAUGGAGAGAAGAAGGGCAGAGCAGAAAAAAGUUCAAACCCACACAGAACCGAGGCCCAAUUCCGAAUAAGAUGGAGCUGAGGAGACCAGGCCCCUUACGGAGCCCAGCAACAAGCAAAGACCACACCAGAUACUAUGACUUUCACCAAGAUCACGGGCAUACCACGGAAGAUUGCCACAGUUUGAAGUCCGAGCUUGAAAGCUUGGCUUGGAAAGGGAUGUUGAAUGAAUACAUCCAGAACAGAAGUUUGCCAAAGUUUGUCAAAGAACAGGGACAAGCCCAGGGAUCCCGAGCAGUAAACAACAGAGAUAGGGUAGGCUAUCAACAAGCACCGCCACCUCUCCCACCCCCAUCCAGAGUCAUUCACAUGAUAACUGGUGGGCCCGAAGGAGGAGGCACAAGCUCCAAACAGCAGAAGCUUGAUCCAUUAGUCACCUCGGUCAUCAUUAACAACUGCGAGGUCCAGCGAGCGCUCAUCGACACCGGCAGUGCCCCAGAUAUAAUGUAUUACCAUUGCUUUGAGAGCCUCGGACUCGACCCUGCCUUCCUGCAAAAGUAUGACGGGCUCAUCUACGGGUUCAAUAACCAGCCGGUACCCAUGGAAGGAGUGCUGCGGCUCAACGUGGCGUUCGGCUCCGGACGGACUGUCCCAGUCCCACCUCUGCAUGAAAUCCCUACACCAAUGGGGAUAGCAACCUUGCGAGGCAACCAAGAGGCGGCCAGACAUUGUUAUAUGACCUCUGUCGCGAGGUCACGAAGAAAUAAGGGGGUAGUCCCAUCACCAGAGUCACCUCACCCCGAGGCCCCAAAUACCCAACAGGUAAUAGGUGUAGAGCUGCCAUAUAACAAACCAGAGGAUGAACCAAGAGCCACCUCGGUUGAGGAGGUCGAAGAGGUACAACUCGAUGAUAAUGACCCAUCCAAGAGGACUCAGAUCGGCACGAAGCUGACUCCCAUAGAAAAAGAAGAGCUCGUGGGCUUCCUAAAAGCAAACAAGGAUGUGUUUGCAUGGACCUCGGCUGACAUACCUGGAAUCCCAACUUCGGUGGCAGUACACAAACUCAGCACUAAUCCUUUGAGGAAGCCAAUGGCACAGAAGAGACGGCUUUUCGGGGGGGAAAGACUCACAGCCAUUAAGGAGGAAGUGCAGAAACUCUUGCAAGCAGGCAUAGACAAGCUGGUAGAGGCCGCCUCAGGGAAUGAGAGGCUAAGCCUCUUGGAUGCUUACUCGGGGUAUCAUCAAGUUCGCAUGGCACCCGAGGACGAGGUGAAAACCUCAUUUUAUGGCGGAGAUGAAAUAUACUACUAUGUGAUGAUGCCAUUCGACCUCAAAAAUGCGAGAGCAACAUACCAGAAAAUGGUCACAAUCGUGUUUCGGGCUCAAAUUGGCAGCAACCUGGAGGUCUAUAUAGAUGACAUUGUUGUCAAAAGCUCUCGAGCAGAAGACCACUUGACUGACCUGGCCGAGACGUUCAACAACCUUAGAAGGUGCAGCAUGAAGUUGAAUCCAGCAAAGUGCACUUUCGGCGUUGAAUCAGGCAAGUUUCUGGGUCUCAUGGUUUCCAGAAGGGGGAUAGAGGUCAACCUUGAGAAGAUAAAAGCAAUAGAAGAAAUGAAACCGUUGAGGUCAACCAAGGACGUGCAACGCUUAGCAGGGAGAAUAGCAGCACUGCACAGAUUUAUUUCCAAAUCAGCAGAUAAGUGUUUGCCUUUCUUUAAGGUUUUGAGAACCGCAGCUCAGAAGGAUGAAACGGGAAAACCCCAGAAGUUCAACUGGAUGACGGAGUGUCAGGCGGCUUUUGACGAACUCAAAGCCUACCUCAGCUCGCUGCCUCUGCUGACUAGGGCUCAGGAAGGUGAAAUCCUUUAUCUUUACCUCGGAAUAUCUGAUACUGCUGUUAGUUCUGUCUUGGUUAGGGAAAUGGGAAAACAACAGCAGCCAGUAUACUAUGCCAGUAAGGUGCUGCAGGGAGCUGAGCAGAGAUACUCAAUAGCAGAGAAGGCAGCCCUAGCAGUUGUUGUUACUGCAAGGAAAUUGAGGCCAUAUUUCCAAUCCCAUCCUGUUAUUGUGAUGACUGAUCAGCCUUUAAGACAAAUUCUGCAGAAGCCAGAAUGCUCCGGGAGACUCAUCAAAUGGGCAGUGGAGCUGGGAGAGUUUCAGAUAGCAUUCCAGCAAAGGUCGGCAAUCCGAGCUCAAGCUUUGGCAGAUUUCGUGGUCGAAUGCACUUCUAAUCAGGUGGAACCGAAUUCUGAGGCAGAAACAUGGACCCUUUAUGUCGAUGGAUCAUCUAAUAGCAAGGGCUCAGGAACUGGAGCAGUAUUAACUGGACCCGACAGCUUCCGGAGUGAACACGCUUUGAAGUUCAACUUCGAGGCCACAAACAACGUGGCCGAGUACGAAGCUCUCCUCCUGAGACUGCGUUUGGCGGCCGAGCUCAAAGUCAAACGCCUGCAGAUUUACAGUAACUCACAGCUGCUUACAAAGAUUUCGAGAGCAAAAAAUGAGCAUGCAGAUUCUUUGUCAAAGUUAGCACCUAAGAACUCCGGGGAAGCAAAGUCUGUGUACAUCGAGAUACUGAAUGAACCGAGCUUUCAGACGUCGGGGGUGAUGGAGAUCAGCACUGACCCAGAUGCUCCGAGUUGGACAGACCCCAUCCGGGAGUACCUCCUCAAUGGUACCGUCCCAAGGGACAGACAAGAAGAGAUGAAGUUGCGAAGAAAAGCCUCUCGGUACACCCUGAUUGGCAACAUUCUGUACAAGAGGUCCUACUCGUUACCUCUCCUCAGAUGCCUGACACCAUAUGAAGCAGAGUAUGCACUAAAAGAAGUACACGAGGGGAGGUGCCAGAAAUCCCAGUUCUUCGCCCAUCUCACCCAUCAGCCAACCAAAGAACUCACUAGCAUGACUGCACCAUGGCCCUUCGCUCAAUGGGAAGUAGACCUUCUGGGCCCCUUUGUCAAAGCGGUAGGAGGAGCGACGCAUUUAGUGGUCGCUGUUGAUUACUUCACCAAGUGGGUAGAAGCCAAACCUCUAUCUUGUCUGACUUCAAGAAGAAUUGAGGAUUUUCUCUUCAGCUCAGUCAUCUGCAGAUAUGGAAUACCGAACCAGAUCAUCGCUGACAACGGCCCCCAGUUCAAUUGUAACUCCUUCAGGGACUUCUGCUUCAGCUACGGGAUUAAGUUGGUGUUCACUUCCGUCUACCAUCCCGAGGCCAAUGGAAUGGUUGAAUCAGUCAACAAAGCCAUCUUGGAAGGAAUCAAGCCGAGUUACAGACUACCCUUUAAAGUAAAUCCUAAAGUUAGUCUCCUGCAAUUAGGCGAAACGCCCUACCACUUAGCCUUCGGCACCGAGGCAGUCAUUCCUGUCGAAAUUGGUGUCCCAAGCCUAAGAAUCAGUCACUUUGAACCAGCUCACAAUGAGCGUCUACUAAGGGAAAACCUUGAUUUCCUAGACGAAGUCCGAGAGCAAUCCCGACUUCGGACUCUAGCAUACAAACAAAGAAUAGCCAACCUUUACAAUAAACGAGUCCGACCUCGAAACUUUAGAGUCGGUGACCUCGUCCUCAGAAAAGUUGGGCUCACAGGGUUCAAGACUCGAUAUGGCAAGCUAGCACCAAACUGGGAAGGCCCUUACAUUGUAACUGAGGUCCCGCACCCCGGAGCAUACAUUCUCCAAGAUGCCGAGGGCAAAAGGGUGCCUAGAGUUUGGAACGUCAACAAUCUUAAAAAAUUCCACCCUUGAAAGUUCCUUUCUUUAUUCUGUGUUAGGCAUCUUUUUGUAAAUAACAUUCCAGUACAAUU